ACAGACCCGUGACGUCACGCCCUGCAUGACUCGAUGGGAUCAUGUGCUGGAAAGUCAGUUGUACUGACAAACAAGGAAUUCGGGACCUUUGAGUAGAUCGAUAGUCUGUUAGGUUGAGGCAGUUAGGCAGAGAAACUAGUUUUUAUAUUGAAUUAAAGAGAAAAACAAAGUGUAAGUUAAGUCAUCAUGGCGUCUCUGUUUAAAAAGAAGACAGUCGACGGUUCUUUUACAUUGAAACAAUUGUUGCAAGCAAUUUCUUUAUGAAGACCAUCUGCAUUAUUGAUGUUUAUUGCAUCCCCACUAAAGCAGACAUGCACUCAAUGGACAGAGCUGUGUAGAGAUCUGAAUUUGGCACAGUUAACUGAUAUCAUUAAAGAGCAGUCCAAAGAGCUGAGAGGCACACAGAGACAAAUCACCAGAGACAGAGCUGCCCUGGAGAGACAGGAGAGGCAAAUGGAAAUGGAAAUAAAAAAAAUGGCCAAGACUGGAAACCGAGAAGCCUGCAAGAUACUAGCCAAACAGCUCGUACAGCUUAGGAAACAGAAGAACCGAACCUACGCCGUAAGCUCUAAGGUCACGUCCAUGUCCACGCAGACCAAAGUCAUGAACUCUCAGAUGAAGAUGGCUGGAGCCAUGUCUACCACAGCGAAGACUAUGCAGACUGUCAAUAAAAGAAUGGACCCCAAGAAGACGCUACAGACGAUGCAGGACUUCCAAAAGGAGAACUUAAAAAUGGGAAUGACGGAGGACAUGCUCAAUGAUACACUGGAUGAGAUUUUUGAUGAAUCGGCCGACGAGGAAGAAUGCCAGGACAUCGUGAACCAGGUGCUUGAUGAGAUCGGCAUAGAGAUCGCAGGAAAGAUGGUAAGAGCCCCGUCAGCAGGAAAGAUCCUCCCUGGCGCCUCCCCAGCAAAGUCUAAAGCUGCCACCAUUUCAGACGCUGAGAUCGAGAGACAGCUGAAGGCUCUGGGAAUGGACUAAAUCUCUUCACCCUCCACACCUGUGCACCCACUGCCACCAAAAGACUGAGUUCAUAGUGGGAACAGGGAGUUUUCAAGUAAUAAAUGAAGGAAAACUGUCAACAAACAUACUCUUGUUAGAGUAUCACAAUGAGUCACUGGAGUGGAUUCAUUGGUCAGAUAUAUACAGCAGAUCACGGUAGAUGUUUUUACAAAAUGCACACUCUAACUGACAUGCUCUCCAAAUCUGCUGCACAUAGUGUAGGGUUUAAAGGUGAAAUUUUGCACCACUAGUAGCUCCAAAUAGAAUUGCACUGUUUUGUUUUGAGCAACAUAACUGGUACAACAUCGUCUCAACCAAUAGUCUGAGCUUGCGGCGGGGCUUUCUGUUUGGGCAACCAAUGGCAGAUUGAGAAGGGAGGAGUUGAAAAGUCAAUAGGUGUGUUAUACAUUUGGUUUGAAACUUAUAGUAACUAACGUAUGGUCUAUAUAGUAUGAAUGUGUGUAGUAUGAAUGACAUUCGAAAUGAAUGAAAUGUGACCAAUGGUGUCAGUUGCGUCACUUCACCACCAUUCAGAAAUCCUCUCCCGUAGCCUCAUGGGAUAGUAAAGUGUCUAGGGUACUUUUCGAAUACCCUGUAUUCGUAUUGUUUUUUUUGCAUACUGUACUAUAUAGUAGGGAAGUAUUCAAUUUCGGAUGCAGCAAAUGACAACAUAGCGAAUUAAGUACAUGGUGAAUGUGUUCAUACUACACUUUCAUACUACAUAGAAUGUACUUUUUAAAUAGUCACGAAGAGUUAGUUGUUCAAAUGAAAAUGCUGCAAAAAUUACACACUUUUACCUUAAAGGUUGCUAUUACUGUGGUAACAAAUUGUCCUUUAAAUCCUUUAAAUGUACACCAACAUUGGAAGAUUGUGGAAUGGCAUGGGAUUCCCAUGUGUUAUAGGGCUAAUCAUCUCAAAUACGUGUCAUGUUAGUCAAAAGAUGCUCAUUACUUGUAUUUUUAUGGCUUUUUAGGUUGUGUGUGACUUAAGGAAGUAAGUUAAGGAAAACAGUUUCCUUCGCAGUGAGGUUUGGUAUAAAAUCAGUAUUUCUUACUUACAUACAAAAUUGUCAUGCAUGAGAAUCUUUGUUGAUAUGAUAAUGAUAAUAUGAUUAAGUCUUAUCAACCUUGAAACAAUGCAACCAUUGAGAACCUUCAACCUUUUGGUGAGUGAUGAUUUUGGUAGGUAAAACUUAACAAAUUAAACUUGAACGAUGUCCAACAUAUCAUGUACAACAUAUUGUUAUGGAAAUGAUUGAGAUUGUUCAGGUGUUGCAGUGAAAUAAUCAAUCCUGUGAGUUUUCAAUUUACAAAGUUUAAUUAAUACUUUUAGGCCGGUUUCAUAGACAGGGCUUAGCCUAAGCCAGGAUUAGGUUACAAGUUGACAAGUUGAGCACUGUUAAAACUGCUUAAAACAGCUCAAACAUGUAUUUUAGUCUAGGACUAGCUUAAGCUUUGUCUGUGAAACCGGGGUAUAAUAUCAUUAGGGUCUACAUAUGCAAGGCUGUUGUCUGGAAGGAACAACCAAGAACUUCAUCUAGGACCCCUUGACUGGUGGUUCCCACUAAUGUCCUGUGGCAGGGAUGGGUAACUUCGGUCCUGGAGGGCCAUACUUGAAAAAUCUAAGCUUAUGCCACAUCCGAAAUUGAAUACUUCCCUACUGUAUAGUAUUCGAAAAAUGGUACUCCAACAGAGUAGUGUGUCCAAAUACAUAUUCGAAAAACAGUAGAUGAAAAACACGUAAAUGACCUAUGUCAUCCACUGAGAUUCUUAAGUUCGCAAUCGAUGGACAGUUUGUAAAUGGAAAUUGUUGCAAGGUUUAAGGUUCUGGGAAGAAGGAGGCGGGAACUGGCGAACGUUCAACAUAGUUUUAAUCACAAAAUAAACAAACAACAAAACGAAAGUAAAGCGGCAGCCUCUUACAGGCGACUGCCGCAUAUAAACAUAAAACAACAACAUUAAAGUCCAGACCUGGCCCUCUCUCAUCUUGCACUGUCGUCACUCCUCCUUUUAUCCUUCUGGAGCUCCUCCGUGAGACUCAAGGCACUCAUUAGCACUCACGUCACCCGCCUCGCUCUGUUCCCGCGGCUCUCGGCCCUGCCCUGCUUGCCACAGAGAUGAAACGAUGCAACAGAUGUUGUAGGUCACGUGACAGUAGCAACAUGGCGGAUGUAGUACGUCCGGAUUUCAUUCAUACUACACACAUUCAUACUAUAUAUAGAAUGUACUUUUUUAACUGUCGCGAAGUACAUUCAAACGUAUACCUAUUCAGACAUACAAUUUCGGACACACCGCCAGUCUUCAGGAUUGAAGGUUACAGGCAGGUGUGUUUGAUUAGGGAUGGAACUAAACUCUGCAGGACACCGGCCCUUCAGGAUCAAAUUUGCCCAUCCCUGUCCUAUGGAGUUUAUCUUCUUCAAAAAUUGACUGGACAUGCAUGUAUUUUUGAACAUUUUAAAAACUGCCACAAUUUAGGUGACAGCCCUGCACAUAUAUUCCCUUACUGUUACAGUCUUGCACUGUUUUUAAAGCAAUUGUUGAGUGUAAUUUGCAAAAAGCCUCAAGUUUAUUGAAGUGUUGUGGUCAUGAGAGGUGGACAGUACUGUGUGAAUGAAAACAGUGUUACUGACAUCUUCUGCUCAUAUUUUGUUUUGCAACAACUUUGAUUUGUGUCAGCUGCACUGCCUUCUCAACUGGACUCUUAAAAAUUAAGAUUCUUCAUUGGAAUUGAUGGUUCCAUGAAGAACCUUUAACAUCCAUUGAACCUUUCCAUUCCAAAAAGGUUCUUUAUAAAAGGUUCUUCAGAUUAUUAAAAUGGUCUUCACAUAUCAUAAUUCUUUUAAGAACUGAAAGGUUCUAUGGGGAACCAAAAAAAUAGUUCUUCUAUGGCAUCACUGCAAAACUCCCCCUUUUGAACCUUUAUUUCUAAGUGUGUGGGACUGUAGAAAGUGCUAACCAUGAUGUAAUUGUAGCUGAUUUACGGCUGGAAUACACUGCCAUGACUUUUGUACAGAUUUGUGCCAUGAUUUUCAGUCUGGAGGAGUCAACUUUAGUUGCUGAAAGUGAAAGCCAGUCUGCAGAUGCUUAAUUCUCUACCAUUGGAACACAUUGGAUUUUGCAGAAAAUCAUAUUGUGUAGAGACUCUGAUGUUUUUUAAGCUUGAGACUCUGAUUCUAUCUAGUUGGAGGAGAUAAAACAUGUUUGAUAUUUUGAUAUUGUUUUAAUUUGUUUCAAGGCAAAUGUUUCAGAACAAUUUGAACGUCGUUUAGUGUAUGAUGCCUAGUUUUCUCUUUAACCAUUUACAAAGUCGGCAAUGAUGCCUAGUGUUUUAAAGUCUGUUCAUAUUUUAAAAGUCGUAUAGUGUAUUCCAGCCUUUAGGAGAAUGUUUUUAAUGUUUUUUGUUUGUUUGUUUUCUUCAUCUGUAUGUACUUCUCAACACGGUUAAAAAAGCUUCUUUCAUUCUAACCAAUACAGUGUGUAUAUGAAUGUACAGUUUAUGCUUUGAUUUUCUAAUUAAUAAAUUUGUGAAUAACCUUCA